AUUUUAUCGGUGUUUAUUGUCUAAAAUGACGGCCAUUGAGAAACUGCAGAUGUUGAUCGAAGCAGCUGAAUAUCUUGAUCGAAGAGAAAGAGAAGCGGAGCACGGCUAUGCCUCCAUGUUACCCUUCACCAGCAACAAAGAGAGGGAUGGCUUGAAACGAAAAAUCAAAAACAAGAAAAAUUGCAGCAGCAGGUCUACACACAACGAGAUGGAGAAGAACAGGAGGGCACAUUUACGACUGUGUUUGGAACGCUUGAAAUCCCUCGUGCCCUUAGGACCAGACUCAAACAGGCACACAACCCUCAGCCUACUUAUGAGGGCUAAGGAACACAUCAAGAGGUUGGAGGAUAGCGAGAGAAAGGCCCAGCACACUAUAGACCAGCUGCAAAGAGAGCAAAGGCACCUGCGCAGACGCCUGGAGCAGCUGGGUGUGGAGCGCACACGCAUGGACAGCAUGGGCUCCACCAUCUCUUCAGACAAAUCUGACUCCGACCAAGAAGAGGUGGAUGUUGAUGUGGAAGGAACAGACUAUCUGUUGGGAGAUCUGGAAUGGAGCACCAGCAGCGUAAGUGACUCGGACGAGCAGGGAAGCUUGCGCAGUAGCUGCAGCGAUGAAGGCUAUUCCAGUGCCAGUCUCCGUCGCCUCGCCAACCCUCAGGAGAAGAGCCCAGCGCUGGGCUGCAGUCUAUAAGAGCACAGAUCACCCCGGGUUCCACAGCCACUCAUCUCCCACCACUUCAACCUGUACCUCCAAUCACCUUCGGCAAGGUCCUCCUCUAAUACUUGAAUAGUGUUGUCUCCUUUGUGACCGAAUCGGUCUUUCUCUUGCUCUGACAAAUCCAGUCAAGAGGAGGAAGCACGAAGAAAGUAUUGGACUUUGGAUGUGCCGUCCACCAACCAGCCCUCAUAUAUGCAGCACUAACUUGGAGAAAAGGCCAACCAAGGCUCCGCCCUCUCAAGGCUGACCUUCUUCACCAAUCCCCUCAGAUCUUCCCAUCCAUUUGCCUUCACUCCCAUCCCACCAUCCUGGAGAGAGGCACUCGAUUUGGGACAUUCCCAUUCCCGGAAGACCCUCAUAAGAACCUUAAAGACCUCACAGCCAGAUGAAGAAUGUGUACCAUACCACACCCACUGCCUAGUCACUCUUGCACUCUGGGACAAUCGCACCCAGGCUGUCUUAUGCAGCCCUUUAUGUUCCUUCAAUCAAAACUGUACCGUCCAGACACAGGGCUGGGUCACCUGACCAGUUAGCUAACCUACCAGAGCAUGGUGUUUUGCACUUAGAUGACGACGUCCGUAGGAGUGGCCUUUUUACACUCGUCCCAAGCCAGUUUUGCCUCAUCCUGCGUAAUAACCUUGGACGGAUUUGGGAAGCUGCGAGAUCAGAGCAAAAGGGCUACUUCUACCAUAUGGGCAAAAAUCACUUUGUGUCAAAAGAUGUGCUGUCAUGUUGUUUCGUUAUCUAAAACGUCUCUCCGAAGGGACUGCAGCUACUUUAGUGAUGUAUCAGGCAUAGUGUGUUAGGUAGUCUUAAAAAAUAUGUACCUGCACUGUCUAAUACCCGCACUCCCGCGUGGGCAGAGAUUACUGACGUGUUGUUGUCCUUUUUUUUGUUUUUUACCCAGCAAGCACUCAUAAUACUCAUGCUGUGCAAAAUCAUCAGUGCGGUAGCAAUACACCCCUCAACUGGACUCACAGGUGGAUUCCUGACAUCCCAAGCAAGAGAACAUCUCUAUCCGUUGCCCUGUUUUUUUUUCUGCAACUGCCGCUUUGAAUUUUACUACUACUACAUCCGUGGGGCGAAACGAUUGAAGCGUUUGCAGCAUGAGAUUCUUCAAGGGUUU